ACAUGCGUCAGUUUUUCUUCACCAGAUGAAACGACAUUACAUUGGUGGACAAUGGCAUCACAAGAAAAUGCUGUUGACGGGAUAUGUCCCGACAUUAUGUCCGAUGUGAACACUGUGGAGGAGAGAAAGCAGCAUAUGGUUGUUGCAGCGAUCGAUUUCGGAACAACCUUUACGGGAUUUGCAUUUUCUUUGACCGACAACAGCACCAGCAUAAUCAUGAGUAAAUGGUCAGGCGAAAAUGUGCGGACGGCUACCGAGAAAGCUCCUACAUGUGUUUUGUUGUCACCAGAGAAAAAGUUUGUUGCAUUUGGCUAUGAAGCAGAAGAAAAGUAUAAGCAAAUCCUAGAUGAAGAUGGAGAAAACGGCAAGGUCGGCCAAGAAUGCAAAUCAAAGUCAUAUUACUUCUUCGAUAGGUUCAAAAUGAAGCUGUACCAGACAAAGAAACUUCAGAAGGGAACCGAAAUUCCAGAUAUUCAUGGCAAAUGUCUUCCAGCGAUGCAUAUAUUUGCAGUUGUUAUCAGUCAUCUUAAGGAUAAAAUACACGAGCAGUUGAAAUCUCAUUACGCUGGAUUACAAGAAGAAGAUAUACUGUGGGUAAUCACUGUACCAGCAAUAUGGUCUGACUCUGCGAAACAAUUCAUGAGAGAAGCAGCAAAGCAGGCGGGCUUAGCCGACAAUUGUAUAAAACUAAUACUAGAACCAGAAGCGGCUUCUCUUUACUGCAACACCCAGAAGCUUUGCAAGCUUGCAAAACUUGAUGGCUCGCUUGGUGUGGAAACAUUUCCUGGUGGACAGAAAUACAUAGUUGCAGAUCUAGGAGGAGGUACUGCUGAUCUUUCUGUCCAUGAAAUUUUAUCGGGUAGAAACCUGAAGGAAAUACAUCGUGCCGACGGGGAUGCGUAUGGUGCUAUUUUGGUCGACCAUGAGUUUAUGCCUUUUCUCGAAAAUGUUUUUGGAAAACGCAUACUCAAACAUGUAAGGGAUAAUUAUUCCAACAUUAUGAUGGAUUUGCUUCUAGACUUCGAGACAAAGAAAAGGAAUUUUACUCCCGAAACGUCAGAGAUAAGGAUAAAAAUACCAAAAGGAACUUUGAAAGAUAUCGCUGAAGAAUUAAAAGAUGGUACAAUUGAUGAAAAGAUGAGAAAUGCAAGGGAAAUAUAUGGCAGUGGAAAUUUGAAAUUACAAGCAGAUAAACUCUGCAUCAGCAAAGGCGUUAUGGAAAAGUUUUUCGUAAAAGCAAGGCAUGGAAUUGUAACGUUUAUCAAGAGAAUGCGCGAGGACGACCAACUAGGAGAAAUUAAUACCUUACUAAUGGUAGGUGGAUUCUCGGAAUCCAAGUAUGUUCAACAUGUCAUCAAACGUGAUAUUCCAGGCGUCAGAGUUCUUGUUCCUGUUGAAACAUCUCUCGCUGUCUUGAAAGGUGCUGUUAUAGCUGGUCAUAAUCCGAAGACUAUUACAGAACGGAUUGCUAAGUAUUCAUACGGAUUUUCGUUUGCACAACCAUUCCUUCAAGGGGUUCAUCCAGAAGAACUCAAAGUGAUCAAAGAAGGAAAAGAAAUGUGUUCAUCUGUCUUUGUUAAAAAGAUAACGAAAGGCGAAGUUCUGAAAGUUGGUGAUCGAUUUGGCACGCCAGCAAAACACGUUUGUACUGACUCCGAUACCUUUAGACGAUAUAUGCCCAUCACAGCUGAUGUUUACAAGUCAGAUGACAAAGAUCCAAAGUAUGCCAACGACAAAUACGGUUGUUCGCGGGUAGGUUUUGUGGUGAUUCCUCCUCCAGCGAAAGGCUGGCCACCAUUUUCUUUGAUUGUUCAGGAGCUUAUUGUUGGGGAGGCAGAAUUUACUGUUCGAGCUUACAACAUCAACACUAAUAAAGUAAUACAAGGACAAAUUGACUUCCUGACGACAAAUUAAGACAUAUUCCUCGUUGAAUGAAUUUUUUUUCUAUGACAAAUUUAUAAUCCAUGAAUUCAUGAGUCUUAGUACGUGGAAACUUUUUGCACACGACACUAAAAUACUGCUGUUAUACAGUCAAACAAUUUGUAGGAGGAUUCCCUAAGAAGUACAUAUUGUAAUUUUUGUUAUAAUGUGUUGCAUGGCUCUUCUGUGACUGCUGAAGUGAUUUGAAAACUUGAUAAAAAGGUUGUAGAAAAGUUCAGGUAUCAGUUUCUCUGAACUAAUAUUAGCAUUAAUAUUUAAUUACUAGCUGAUUUAAGCGUUGUUUAAUCUUAAUCAGUUGGCACUUCUCAAAAGAAUCUUUGAAAAUAAAGUUAUAGUUGUUUUAUAAUGUACGUACAUUCUUUUAACAUAUGUAACAUUUAUUCUAGAUAUUAAAUUGCAAAUAAGAUUGAACUAUGCAUUUUUCGAAAUAUAUAUAUAUAUAUAUAUAUAUGGUUUUCGUUGGGCAAAAACGACUCUUGUGACAAAAUACUUACAUUUGUGAUAUUUAUCAUCUUGCUGAUUAUAUACUUGUAUGUACAUGUGUGUACUAUUUUUCGUGUUACCUAUGUAAUUAGGUAUAUGCGCAGAUGGGAAUUUCUGGCCUCGAGGGCAACUGUUUAGGCAGUAACGAGGAACUGUCUAUGUAUUUGAUUUUUAUUCCGUGUUUUUGAAAUAAAAUAUAAA